AUGACCCCCGAGGAGUCGCUCGCCCUGAUCAAGGCCAACCUGGCCGAGGUGCUCAACCCCGAGAUCAUCGACAAUGUCGUCCUGAACGAGAAGAGACCACUCAAGGUCUACUGGGGUACCGCGACCACCGGAAAGCCUCACUGCGGAUACUUUGUUCCCAUUGUCAAGAUUGCCGAGCUGCUGGCCGCCGGCUGCCACGUCAAGAUCCUCCUCGCCGACAUUCAUGCCUACCUCGACAACAUGAAGGCACCGCUCGAGCUGGUCGAGCAGCGCUGCAAGUACUACGAGUUCAUCAUCAAGAGCCUGCUGCGCGCCGUCGGUGUCGACAUUUCCAAGCUCGAGUUCGUCAAGGGCAGCUCCUACCAACUGACACAGGAGUACACCAUGGACCGCUUCAAGCUCGAAGGUAUUACGAGGAUAUCCGUCGCCCAAAAGGCUGGCGCCGAGGUCGUCAAGCAGACCGACGACCCUGCGCUCGGUGGUCUCAUCUACCCCCUUAUGCAGGCUCUGGACGAGCAGUACCUUGACGUUGACGUCCAGAUUGGCGGUGUCGACCAGCGCAAGAUCUUCACGUUUGCCCUCGAGAACCUGCCGCGAAUCGGCUACAAGGUCCGCGCCCACCUGAUGAACACCAUGGUUCCGGGUCUGGGUCAGGCGCAAAAGAUGAGCUCGAGCGAGCCCGACUCCAAGAUUGACCUCCUGGACGCCCCCGAGGUGGUGGGCAAGAAGCUCAAGAAGGCCCACUGCGCCACCGGUGUCGUCGAGGGCAAUGGUGUCGUUGCUUUCGUGGAGCACGUCAUUUUCCGCGUCCAGGCGCUCAAGUCGGGAGGCAAGGCCAAAUUCAUUGUCGAGAGAGAACGGGACGGCAAGGAGCCGUUGGUCUACGAGGAUAUCGCAGACCUCAAGGCUGACUUUGAAAAGGAUAUUUUGACUCCCCAACUGCUCAAGGCGGCCCUUACCAAGGCGCUCAACGAGCUCCUGGCGCCCAUCCAGGCCGAAUACCAAGCCUCCGAGGAGUGGCAGAGAACCACGGAGCUGGCCUACCCGCCCGAGAAGAAGGCGGUGAACCCCAAGAAGGAGAAGAAGCAAAAGGGCGGCGACCCGGCCAUGCGCGAGGCGGCAGCGGCAGCCAGAGCCGCCAAGGCAGCCGAGAAGAAUGCGCCCGCCGACGCAUCGCACGGCAUCGAGACGUUGAAGAUUGAUGCCGAGACAAAGGCAGCAUAA